AGAGGGGACGUCUCUGCAUCCCGCUCUCUCUCGCAUGCUGCUCGUCUCUCCUCCCGCUCUCUGUCUCCUCCUCUCUCUCUCUCGCUCGGCCGCUGUCCUUGUAAAGUUCUGUCGGCCUACCUGACAGACCACUCUCUCGGAAGAGUAACGUGCACACACACACACACACACACACACACACACACUACAGCACAGCACAGCACAGCACACACACACAUACACACACACCCUCGCAUACCUCCAGCCAGGGGAGAGAGCCACCAGCAGCAGCCCAGGAUGGAUGUACUAAUGAAGGGCUUUUCCAUGGCCAAGGAGGGGGUCGUGGCUGCGGCCGAGAAGACUAAAGCUGGGGUGGAGGAAGCAGCUGCCAAAACCAAGGAGGGGGUCAUGUAUGUAGGCUCGAAGACGAAGGAGGGCGUGGUGUCCAGUGUAAACACAGUCGCCAGCAGGACCGUCGAUCAGGCCAACAUCGUGGGAGACACCGCGGCUGCCGGUGCCAACGAGCUGUCCCAGAAAACCGUGGAGGGGGUGGAGAAUGUGGCGGCGUCGACCGGAUUGGUCAACCCGGCGGACUUCUCUCACGGGGGCACCAUGGACCAAGGUGGAGAUGGUGGCCAGGGUUAUUAGUCCUUUACCCAGAGAUCAACAGCAGCGAUCCCUCCACCCCCCAACCCCACCUUUGCCAGCAGGAAUCCUCCCCUCC